UGACUUUUUUAUUUUUCUCUAUUCACAGAAGUGAGCCAUGGCUGAACCAAGCUCCUCCUGUCCCCAAAGGAAGAUGUCCACCGCUGGGGAGAGCAUGUACAAGGUGUUAGGGCUGGAGAAAGGAGCCUCAGCUGAGGACAUCAAGGGAGCAUACAGAAAACUAAGACUGAAGUACCACCCGGAUAAGAAUCCAGACAACCCGGAGGCAGCGGAGAAGUUUAAGGAGAUUAACAACGCCAUCUCUAUUUUACUUGAUGAGACCAAGAGGAAGAUUUAUGAUGAGUAUGGCUCCAUGGGCCUUUAUGUGUCCGAACAGUUCGGAGAGGAAAGCGUCAAAUGUUACUUCCUCAUGUCCAAAUGGUGGUUUAAGGGCCUGGUGUUGUGCUGUACGUUGUUCACCUGCUGCUGCUGUUGCUGCUGCUGCUGUUUCUGCUGUGGGAAGUGUAAACCACCUGAGGACAAUGAAAGCUACCAAUAUGUCGCACCUGAAGACCUGGAGGCCCAAAUCAAAGCGGAGCAGGAUGAAGCAGGUAGCACGGUAAUCAUAUGCCAGCCGACAUCUGAUCUGGGUCCAGAAGGCCAGAGUCAGCCAAUCCUGCUGCCUAUGCCCAUGCCUCCACCUGAGCCCAAGUCACUGUCAUCAACCAGUCCAGCAGGGGAAGAAAAGGCUAGAGAGACCUUACCAGAGUCAAAAUGACUUGAAAGUGACAGUGUGCGAAGAGACCAGAGAUCAACCAGCCCAAAGCCACCAGCCAGCUCAGGCCCAUCCCUCAAGCAUGACCUUCACAACCUACCUGAUAUGUCCACUGGACAGCACCUGUAAGGUGGGCACUUACAGGCUCUUGGCCCCCUCCAUGAAACUGAAUUAUGGAUGAGUAUUCAUGCAAAUUAACCUGCUAGCCUGGCUCCAGCCCUGUGAAAACCCUCAGGCCAACUAGCAAGUACAAGGCAACUAGCCAACCUCAUACAAGUCCCCACUCGCUUCUUCCUGUUUCCCAUGUAGUCCACUCGGGGCUGGAUUUGGCCUAGCUAGCAGUCCAGUUAUCCAGUGUUACACUAGGCUUGGUAACAUGCCUGAACUCCUUACUAAUGUGUUCUAGGUAUCCCAUUCCAACCAGUAAGAAUGUGACACUGGGCAGGAAGAUGGUGAAAACAAGGGGAUAUAAUGGCAGAAGUGAAGAAUCAUGGUACACGAUCCUCAUUAUUUAUCUACUUUCCAGAACAGGACUGGAAUUAUCUUCCUCUCGUUUGCAUUCCUUCCUGUCUUCUACCAUUUUGGACUGUGUACAUUGUAGACAGGAAUGUUUAUGUUUAUUUUAUUUUUAUUUUAUUUACAUUUCUCCUGCUUUAACUUGUUUUGGAGUGACCCUUUAAAAGGAUUGGUCGUACAGUAACACGAGUAUGGAACUGAAUGCCACUGGUGAUGUGUACACAUCAUCAGAAGCCAGCAGCCAAACAGAAACCACACAUUAAUACUGAUAGUGAAGAUGUGGAAUACCCUUUUUCCUCCUUCUGUCAAGGAACAAACACAUUCAUCCUUUCAAAUGAGUUCUUGAUGCCAAUUGCCGUCGUAAUAGAAAACAUUCUUCCUUCAAGGGAGGAGGGACAACCAACAGUCACUUCACAGAGCCACGGUACGAAUGGGGUCCCAGCUACAUUCACAUAAAUGCACAACCCAAAGUGGGAGAGGCAGGUACGAAUUAGACAAAUGAAACACAGCAGAAGUGACACUAUCACAUCAUGUCUUUGAUGUUAAAUGCUUGAGCCAAAACCCAGAGAGAGAAGAUUUUGUGCAUCGAUCAGUAAACUUGAGGCGUCCUUCUUCAGCGUGCAUGCACUUUUGUCUGGAUGCAUGCCUCCUACUGUACAGCAUGGGAAUAUACACCCUAAUCCACAAAACAUGGAACAACUGCCUAGCUUACCCUAACAGACAGCAGACUGGUUACACAUAUCCUGUAUACGAACGCACACUCGUACCUGCUCUUGUGUUUGUGUGCCAUCCUCGUCUAAAAUAGUACGGCGUCCAGCAUCUGUUGACUGCAGUGGAAGACAACAGGUGCCAUAACAUUUCUACUGGAACAUAACUAUUAAUCAUCGUGUUUUGUGAGAUCUCCCUUAUUGUGCUUCUUUUGUUGCCCACAGCCAGCAGCUUCAUGUAACAAGCAGCUUGGGGCCAACAGGCUGUGGAAAUGCCAUUUGUUCUGUAAAUUCUAUUUGUCAAAGUUGUUUGUAUAAUGUGCAUUUAGGUUUGUGCACCUGGAGAAGUGGGUCUUCUUUUGUCUCCAUUCCGGUUGUAAAUAAUUUACUGCACCUGUUUUGCAUCCAGAAGCACAUAAACCAUCAACAUUAUAGUUACUUGAUAAUUUGUAACCUCAGGUCAGGCUUCACUAACACUGCACAACAAAGAAGGGCAGUCUCCUAAUUUG